UCCAUCUUGCACAAGGCAGGUAGAGGAAAGAAGCGAGCUAGCUGUCAAUGGUUGCCCAAUAAAUUAGUGGUUUGGCUAGCUGGCUGGCCACAGAUUAUAAGGGCUGACAGCUAAGGUUGCCCAGCAUUUUUAUGCGCAUAAGUGGCAUUCAUGUGAUGUCAUUCUUACCAUGAGGGAAGAAAUCCACCCCGUCACCUUUCAGGGCUUAUGACUUUUGUUGGUGUGGGUGUCUGGGUAAGAGUGAUGGUGGAUCAAGUCUGAAGGAAUUUUUGCGGAGUAGACCCCCAGGGCAUCAACAGGAUUAAACCAGAGCGAGUCUUUGCCUGCUGCAGAAGGUGCCAGUCCUUACUAUGAAACAUGGACCAAGGAGUAGUUGACAGUCCCGUCACCCUUGUCAUCAAGGCACCCAACCAGAAGUAUGAUGAUCAGACUAUAAAUUGUUUCUUGAACUGGACCGUGGAGAAACUGAAAACGCACCUCUCAAAAGUGUACCCCAGCAGACCGUCUUCUAAGGAUCAGAGGCUGGUAUAUUCUGGACGACUCCUCCUGGAUCACCUGCAGCUCAGGGAUGUGCUCAGAAAGCAAGAUGAAUACCAUAUGGUUCACUUGGUGUGCGCAUCUCGGACUCCUCCUGGGUCUCCUCAGCCUGGCAGCUGUGCUGGUUCCCCUGGGACCUCUGUGUCCAUCCCCAGCCCUUCAAGUGCUGAUGGCUCCGGAGCCCCUGCCCCCUCCGUCUUCCCCAGCCAGGACGGCCAGCCCAUCUCUGCAAACGGGAGUCCUGAUGGGCUGAGGCACCGUGCAGGUCCCGCCCACGGCCACACCCACAACCCCGCCUUCAUACACAGAUCCUUGGGGGACCAGUUAUCUCUGCAGCAGGGCUUUCCUCCAAGCUUCCCAGCCUAUCCUAUGUACAGCACUAUGCAGCUGCUGUGGUGGCAGCAGAUGUAUGCACGACACUACUACAUGCAGUAUCAGGCAGCAGUGGCCUCUUCCCAGGCCCCCAGCCCAAUCCGAAACCCUGCCCCCAGCCUGUCUCCACCCCCCCAGCCAGCCCCACCCAAUGACCCUGCCCCCGAGGAGCGCCCCGCUAACCCCAACAUUCAGAUGAACGCCCAGGGCGGACCGGUCUUGAAUGAGGACGAGCUGAACCGCGAUUGGCUGGACUGGGUGUACACCGUGUCCCGCGCCGCCAUCCUGCUCAGCAUUGUCUACUUCUACUCCUCCUUCAGCCGAUUCGUCAUGGUGACGGGAGCCAUGCUGCUGCUUUACCUACACCAGGCUGGCUGGUUCCCCUUCAGGCCUGAGCUCGACCUGCCGAACCCCAGAGGCGAGGCCAACCCAGAGGAGAUGGAGGCAGAGCCACACCGCGGAAUUCAGGAAAUGGAGCGGAUAAUGGAUGAGGGGCUAGAGGAAGAGGAGGCAGACAGAGGAGAGGAAAGCCCCGAGGGCCCCAAUGGUGCGCCCCGGCCAGGUUUCCUGUCUUCUGCCUGGUCGUUCAUCACCACAUUCUUCACAUCACUCAUCCCAGAGGGCCCCGCCCGCGCUGCCAACUGAAACCCCUUGUUACAGAGGGAGGGAACCUGUGGAGGUUCUGCCCUGGGCUGCAGAUGGAAUCUUUGAGGCUUCACCCUCUAUGCCAACCAAACCCUCAGAGGCUCUGUCCGGCAGCACCAGCUACACCUCCAGACCAUGCACUUACUUAGUGUACCGUCAGCCAUUUUGGUGAAAAGGUACCAGAGGCUCAAAAUCAGCAACAGAAUUCAUCUCUCCAUCAUUGGUGAUGCGCCGUCCUUUAUGUGAUCAUGACACUGACGUUUCCUCAGAAGGAAAAAGACCCGCAUAUUCAAUAAGACAGAAGAAAUCAGAGAGGUCAGAUGAACACACACCUUGCAAAAAGCUUUGCUAUAUGUAUGUGUCUCAUUCAGUAUGACCUAAAUGUUGUUUUGAGAAGCCCCCCUCUCUCUUGGCAGGACCCCUUCAAAAUCAAGAUGUUUCAUCUGAAGGGGUCUUGUCCUGGUAACCAAAAUUUCUAACUAAGAAUACAUCUUCUUUCUAAAAUGUAUGUAUAACAGCAGUACUUACAUGUAUAAAUAUCUUCACCUCAGCACAUAAUGAACUGGAUUAGUUUGAAAGAAGCAUUUUUGAA